UCGCUCCCUCACCUUUUAAUUCACCAACUGCAAUUGAAAAAAAGAAAAGAAAAGACCUAUCUUUCUCCCGUCUCUGCUAGAAUAGGAAAGAAUGGAGACUAUGAGCCUGGUUACUAAGAAUACUAGCUGGUGGAUGUUUACUUUGCCGGCUUUUCUAGGCUCCAAGACCCUUCUCGACGGCUACGUUUUGCUCUCUUUAGGCUUGGCUUUUAUCACCGUUGGGCUCCUAACGUGGGCUUUCACCCCCGGUGGCCUUGCAUGGAAGAACGGGAGGAGCCGGAGAGGCUUUACCGCCAUUCCAGGACCUCGUGGGCUACCUAUUUUCGGGAGCCUUUUCACUCUCAGCCUUGGCUUAGCUCAUCGCUCCUUGGCUUACAUGGCUUGGAGUCGAGCCAACACAAAGCUUUUGGCUCUCAGCCUAGGCUCCACCCCAAUCGUGGUAGCUUUUGAUCCUCAUACUGCAAGAGAAAUCCUGACCUCUCCUCAUUUUGCUGACCGGCCACUCAAGCAGUCAGCUAAGAGUCUCAUGUUCGGACGAGCCAUCGGCUUCGCUCCAAACGGGACUUAUUGGCGACUCCUUAGGAGGAUCGCUUCAUCGCACCUCUUCUCUCCCAGACGAAUUUUAGCCCAUGCAUCCGGUCGUCAGCUAGAAUGCACAGCCAUGCUGCGUAACAUAGCAAACGAGCAGUGGACAAACGGUGUGGUUUCCCUAAGGAAGCACCUCCAAGCUGCUUCCUUGAACAACAUCAUGGGCAGUGUGUUUGGCAAAAGAUAUGAUCCGUCCAAAGAUAGAGAAGAGCUAAAUGAGCUCCAGGAUAUGGUAAGAGAAGGAUUCGACCUAUUGGGUGCUUUCAACUGGACUGACCACCUUCCAUGGCUCAGUUAUUUCUACGACCCUUUUCGUAUAAUUGAACGCUGCUCCAAACUCGUUCCCCGGGUCAGGAAACUAGUUCGGGCCAUCAUCGAAGAACAUAGACUCCGAAGAAAUAACAACCCCGGUGAGCUUCAAGAUCAUGGUGAUUUUGUUGAUGUGCUGCUCUCUUUGGAUGGGGAAGAGAAGCUUGAAGAGGAUGACAUGAUCGCUGUGCUGUGGGAAAUGAUUUUCAGAGGAACAGAUACGACAGCUUUGUUGACUGAGUGGGUAUUGGCCGAGUUGAUUCUAAACCCUGAUAAGCAAGAGAAGCUGCGAAGGGAAAUUGACACCGCCUUCGGUGACGGAAGAGCCGUGACGGACGCCGAGUUGAGCAACUUGCCUUAUUUACAGUCGGUGGUUAAGGAAACCUUGAGGGUGCACCCUCCAGGCCCACUACUCUCCUGGGCCAGGCUAUCCACCUCGGAUGUCCAGCUCAGCAACGGCAUGCUGAUCCCGGCCGACACAGUGGCCAUGGUCAACAUGUGGGCCAUCACCCAUGACCCGCACGUGUGGGAAGAUCCACGUGCCUUCAGGCCCGAAAGGUUCAUUGAGAGCGAGGGCGGCGCUGACGUGGACGUCCGUGGCUGCGAUCUCCGUCUCGCUCCGUUCGGGGCGGGUCGCCGGGUAUGCCCGGGAAAGAAUCUGGGGCUCGUGACCGUUACCCUUUGGGUGGCUAAUCUAGUUCGCCAUUUCAAGUGGGUCCAGGACCCAAUCCAGCCUGUUGAUCUGGAUGAGGUCCUGAAGCUAUCUUGUGAAAUGAAGCGUCCUUUGCAUGGUGUGGCUCUUCAAGUGAUGAAGCUUGCUUGAGUAGUAAUGUGUGGUGUUGGUGUAGAAUGAAGUAAGAUUUGGUUUGAGUCGUCCAUAUAUUAAUGGAUAUUAUUAUUUUUAGGGGUUAGUAUACCGGGUUCCUUGUUUAGUUCCUUAUUAAGACGUAUUUGUAGUUUUUAUAUUUUUCAAAUUGUAAUGGGCUGCUUGUUUAGGUUUAGGUACUAGGCAUGAAUGGCAUGGUGCGCCAUUCUAUUUAAUAUCCUAGAGAGGUCUCCAGUUUUGGUGCGCCAUUUUAUUUAAUAUCCUAGAGAGGUCUCCAGUUUUGGUAACGGCUUUUGUUUGGAGAGCUCCUGCCACCUGCAUUUGUGAAUCAUGUUAUUAUAGUGUUAAUGUUUGCAUCUAAUAUGUUCA